CUCUUGGUCUCCUCAUCUUGUAAUUUUCAUGUAAGAAGAGACCCCUACAACCUCGAACAAAAAUGGCGGAAGCGGCACAGAAGAAGAUGUUUGUUCCUCUCGAGAACAAUCCCGAGGUGAUGACCAACCUAGUCCACGAACUCGGCCUGUCCCAGUCCCUGCAAUUCCACGAUGUGUACUCCCUCACCGAACCCUCCUUACUGGACUUUCUCCCCCGCCCGGCCAUCGCCCUGCUCCUCGUCUUCCCGGUUACCAGCACGUACGAGAAAUUCCGAUCUGAAGAGGACUCGUCGCGCGAGGACUACACCGGGUCCGGCGACCAAGAGCCCGUGGUCUGGUUCAAACAGACGAUCGGCAACGCGUGUGGCUUGAUCGGCUUACUACAUGCCAUCACCAACGGCGAGGCACGGUCCAACAUUGUCGAGGGCAGCGAUCUGGAGAAACUGCUCAAAGAAGCCAUUCCGCUGAAGCCAGCCGCACGUGCAGACCUCCUCUACAACAGCCCCACGCUCGAAGCCGCGCAUGCAACCGCCGCAGCCAAGGGCGACACUGAAGCCCCGGAAGCCGAAGCGAACGUGGACCUCCACUUUGUCGCGUUCAUCAAGGACAAAGAUGGAUACCUGUGGGAGAUGGAUGGGUCGAGAAAGGGACCUCUGAAGAGAGGCUUCUUGGGUCCCGAGGAUGAUGUGUUGAGCGAAAAGGGCCAGGAGCUGGGAGUCAGGGCGUUCUUGAAGAGGGAGGAACAGGCAGGCGGUGGGGAGCUGAGGUUCAGUGUCCUCAUGCUAGGACCGAGUUUUGAAUGACCUCGACGACUACCGGCGCAUGCCGUCGUUGUCCGGGGAGGAAUAAUUCUUGAGUACGACCGUGGCUUGAUUCUGCAGCAUAUGCAGGUGUUGCGCAUUAGUUGGCUGGGACAACAGGAACUUACGGAUUCAGAGGACAGGACAGGGAUGACAUAGGCUUGCCAACAGGCAUCAAACGACUUUCAUGACGGUGAGACGAUGCAGUCAGCCUGAUUUGGCUCGACCCAGUUGAGUGCAUACAUUUUGCUUGGACCACUGGAUUCUGGGGCUGCGUCCAGCUUCAAGAUGUCCUUGAACUUAACUUGGCUCGUUCUUCUGCUUUAUACUCUCAUUAUAGCCCUGCCGUCCUUGUACAUCCGCAGCGUGCUCAUAAAUCGGCUUCGGCGCCGCC